CAUAUCAAGUUAAUGCAGCUUUUAUUAACUUUUCCUUUGACCUUUCUUUCUCACUCUCUAUAAAACACAAUAAGGCAAACCAUGUUACAUUUCAUACUCUUCUGACACUCAAAACAAAAUAGAUAGUGGACUUGGGAAUUGGAAUUCAUGGGAAACAAAAUAAUUAAUGUACCUGUUCAAGCUAAUCAUCUCCAUAAACCAACAUUUUUGCUGUUAAUCUUCAUCUUGGGUUUAUUCCCUUGUUCGAAUCUCGGUUUCGAAUUGGAAUUCUAUGCAUUGUCGUGUCCCGGUGUAGAAUUUGUAGUUAGAGAUGUUGUGAGAUCAGCAAGUUCUUCUGACCCUAGUAUUCCCGGGAAGCUUCUUCGUCUGCUCUUCCAUGACUGCUUUGUCGAUGGAUGUGAUGCAUCAGUACUAGUAGAAGGAGAUGGGACAGAGAGAGCAGAUCCUGCAAAUAAAUCUCUGGGAGGGUUUGAAGUCAUAGAGGCGGCCAAAAGAGAACUAGAACUAUUCUGCCCACAAACUGUUUCAUGUGCUGAUAUUCUUGCACUGGCUGCUAGAGAUGCUGUUGUCAUGGCUGGAGGGCCGGAUAUUCAGAUGCCGACUGGUAGGCGAGAUGGACUGGUUUCUGCAAUAUCGAAUGUCAGGCCUAAUAUCGUAGACACGAGCUUCACAGUGGAUGAUAUGAUUAGGAUUUUUGGCGCUAAAGGGUUGACUUUAAAUGAUUUAGUCAUUCUGUCAGGUGCACACACCAUCGGAUUAGCUCAUUGCAACGCUUUCAGUGACCGGUUUCAGGUUAGUUCAAAAGGCAACCUCACUUUUGUUGACUCAUCUCUAGACAAAGACUAUGCGGGAAAGUUGGCUAAAAAGUGUGCAGCAAGCACAUCAGCAACGGUAAACAUCGAUCCCAAGACAGCCUUCUCAUUCGACAAUCAAUACUACAACAAUCUCAUAGCUAAAAAAGGACUCCUCCAAACUGACUCGAUCCUAUUUAAUGAUCAAAGGACAAAGAACUUGGUUUUGCAACUCGCUAGUGACUUGAACGGUUUCUAUGAGGGGUGGAGUACUUCAUUUUUGAAGCUCAGUAGUAUAGGAGUUAAGGGUGAUGGUGAAGGCGAGGUUCGACAAAUUUGUUCAAGGAUAAAUGGGUGAAGGAUAAAGUGUGGCUAGAAUCUCAUACUGUAGCUCCAAUUCUGAGCAAAAGACUCUGUAUGUAUUGCAUAUAAAAUUUGUUAAACACGAUAUUUGGGAUGAUUGUUUUCCUACAAAGUAUUUUUCACUUCUUUCUUAGUAAAUGAUGGAAUAGCCUAAUUGGCAAA